GCGCAUCAACUCCACGGGCUUUCUACUUAAUCAACAACCAUGAUAAUUCAUAUGCACACAUAAUAAUUAAACAUGGAGUGUUGUUUCCUUUCUACUGUACACAUUCCUUCUUCUUUCUCUCGCUCAAGAACCCUAAACUCUCAGGGUUUUUCGAAUAGGUAUCAAUUGGUGCUGUCUUCUUCCCUUUCAAAUCCUUUUCUCCACCACAAAUUUAAGCCGUUUGGUUACGACAGAAAUUUAUCGUACCACAAUAGAACCAAACGAGGCUCGAUUCGGGCCGAAGCGGAAAAACAAGGUUGGGAUGUAGGUAGAUUUUUGAAAACAUUGUAUUUCUUUAACGGGCCUCCGUCUCCUGCAAAGUUGUUUGAAUUUCUGAUUGAGAAACUCUCUGGUACAUCACCUAGCGAACCAGUUAAAGCAAUGGACAAUUCUGGUGUAAUACUGGUGGCCGGAGCUACUGGCGGUGUCGGCAGAAGAGUGGUGGAUCUCUUACGCAAAAACGGGCGAUCCGUUCGAGUAUUGGUCAGAAAUGAAGAGAAAGCAAAACGAAUGCUUGGUCCAGAUGUUGACUUGAUUGUAGGAGAUAUUACAAAGGCAAGCACAUUGUUACCAGAGUAUUUUAAAGGAGUAAGAAUGGUGAUAAAUGCCGUUUCGGUGAUUGUCGGGCCAAAGGAAGGCGAUACUCCAGAUAGAGCCAAAUAUAGCCAGGGAAUCAAGUUCUUCGAACCUGAGAUUAAAGGUGAUUCUCCUGAAAUGGUGGAAUUCAUCGGGAUGAAGAAUUUGAUCAAUGCUGUUAAGGAAACAGUUGGACUUCGUAGCGGAAAAUUGAUAUUUGGAUUUGACGGUAAUCUGUCGAAUUAUGUUUCUAAAAAAAGGCUGUCAGAUUAUUACAUUUUACACCAUAAAGGUAUUUUUUUCUACUUCAGGAAUUGUUUCCACAACGAACAAUGGCGGUUUACCAGUGUCAGGACAAAGAACUUCUCCAUACCGGAAGAUCUAUCUGCAUAUGAUGGUCUUGAGUUACGUGUUAAAGGCAAUGGCCUUCGGUAUAAACUCAUUAUUCGAACUAGUCGAGAUUGGGACACAGUUGGAUAUACAGUAGGCUUCGACACCGUCAAGGACCAAUGGCAAUCGGUUUGUUUGCCUUUCUCUUCUUUGAGGCCCAUAUUUCGAGCAAAAACUGUAGUCGAUGCACCACCUUUUAACCCCAGCGAAAUAAUAUCAUUACAGCUCAUGUUCAGCAAAUUCGAGUACGACGGAAAGUUAAACCCAACUUUUCUAGAAGGCCCGUUUCAGCUUCCUGUAUCAGCCAUCCGGGCUUACCUAAAGGAGCCCGUCACUCCCAGAUUUGUGCAUGUGGGCUCGGCAGGAGUCACUAGACCCGAUAGACCGGGGCUCGAUUUAAGCAAACAACCGCCAGCUGUCAGAUUGAACAAGGAAUUGGAUUUCAUUCUCACAUACAAGUUGAAGGGGGAAGAUUUGAUAAGGGAAAGCGGGAUUCCGUAUACGAUUAUAAGGCCAUGUGCGUUAACCGAAGAACCUGCUGGCGCAGAUCUCAUCGUUGAGCAAGGAGACAAUAUAACCGGGAAGAUAUCGAGGGACGAGGUUGCGCGGAUGUGUAUUGCUGCGCUGGAAAGCCCUUAUGCAUGUGACAAGACAUUCGAGGUAAAGAGUGUAAUUCCGUUCAGCGAACCGUAUACGGUAGAUCCAGAAAAUCCUCCACCGGAGAAAGAUUACAAUGUUUAUUUUCAGACAUUGAAGGAUGGCAUUACAGGGAAAGAAAGCUUAGAACAAUCUGCUCCUCCUGUUCCUGUUUAAAACCAACAAUCAUCGGUUAAUUAUCUUUUGGCAAUCGACUUUUUAUUGGUUGUCUAUAUAUAUAUGUAUAUUAAAAUAAAAAAAUUAAUAGGCCGUUGACUUGGAGUUUCCAUGUCAACCAAAAUAUGGUCCUUGUGAGAAACAAGUCCAUUUUAUUAGUUUGCUAUCAUAUUGUGAAUAAUUGGGUACGUGUUUCUUUACUCCAUGAUUAUAGUACAAUUGUUUUUUCCAUUCUA